UAAGGACAUUGUAGAGCUGUGCAGAGAGAGGGGCCAGGCAGCUGGAAGUGAGUUCCUCUGGGCUGGCUUGGGGCACAGGGGGAGGGCCAGAGCCCUGGCUCUGGGCUCCCCUCCCCCCAAGAUGGACUUGGCUGAAUGUCACUGAUUUCUGUGCUAACAAGUUCUGUUCUACACUGUGUUCCUGUCGACUAAUAAGCCUUCUGUUUUACCUACUGAGAGUCACGACUGACUGCGGAGUUGAGGUGCUGGGCCCUCUGGCUUCCUGCAGGAGUGGGCUGUGACCGGGGGGCCCCGACCCCAGCUGGCCGUCCCAGGUGGGAUGUGAUGAGGGUUCCCGAUCACAACUGCCCCCUCCAGAUGGGCUGUAAUGGGGGAGAAGGGGGUCCUGACCCCUUGUCCCCUACUGAGGUGAACUUUGGGUGGGAGGUGCAGCCAAGAAUAAUACAUAUUAAGUAUAUUUAAGUUAUAGACUGAAAUAUAAAUAUUAAUUAAUGUUGGGUCACGGGGCCUACAAGUUGAGGCCUGUCACGUUUUCUUAGCCAUAUUAGUCCUCAGGCCUUAGGAGGGUUGGCGUAAGUAGGUGACCCAGGAAUAACCCUGUACCAGUGAAAUUACAAGGUUACUGUAAAGAAUGUGCCAGUGGUGGGUGAUAGGGAAAAUAUACCACAGUGUACUUGUCUAGACCGUGAGGCACCCAAUUGUAACAUCAUGAGAAAUUCUGCAGGUUACCAUGGGAACUAGUUUACAGAGAUGCAUAAUGAGAGUAAGGGGAACUAAGGGAUACCCAAUGAGAAAUGAGGUGCCCCUAAAUUAGUGGAAUGUGGAAGUAUGGAUGAGGAAAAAGGGGUUGGAACCCUUAUGCAUAUGUAUGAGCCUUCAUGUGUGUAAGCAUAAAAGGUGAGCCAAAGAAGUGGCGAGACGCUAGGAUGGCAACCACUGGUGGUGGUGGUAGUAGUUGCUAGUCAUAGGGCUAAACACUUCACACUUUUUCUCUGUCAGUUGUAUUUUAGUGUUUGUGGGAUUGUUCAUUUGCUUAGUGGACUUGUUAAUGAAGGGACUUGUAAUAAAUUGCAGUUGUUUCUUAUGUGCUUCUAGCAUCGUUUAUUCUAAUGAUACUCAUGAUAAUAUUCCUGAUGCUGUAGCCCUCAGGAGACCAAACCUUCAUUGACCAUUGUGGUCUAAGUGAUUGAUUAAUAUAAAUUGAUUAACCACCAAUCCAUUAAUAAGGCUACAAGAUGCCCUGCGCACUCCCCAGUCAGAUCCCAUCUCUAAAGGCUCUGACUGGGGCGGUACUGCCUCCUGGUACUCCCUCUCCCUUCCUGAUUGCCCCCAAAUGCCCAUUCCUUUAGGGUCUGGCUUGAAGGAAGACUCCUCUCCCUCUACCUUGUAAGUGGGGAGUUGCCCGUCACAGCAGAGAUUGCCUGUGAGGAUGGGAAGCACUGCCCACCUAAGUAGGCAACAUUGUCUACCAUCCAUCUUGGGCAUUGAGAAACCUGGACCAUCAGACUCAUUUGGCAUGCCAGAGGCAGGGCUGGUCCUUUGUCUUUCACCACCAGGUCUUAAGGAAGGGUGCAAGUGGGAUCCAUCCUGUGACUGACUGACACUUUCUGGAAGAGUGAAGCACGUUAUAGGCUGAUUAGAGGCUCAGCAAACACUGGUACCUGUUCUGCCCUGGCUUCUAGUGGCCAAGCAGAAGCAGUGAGGUCACUUAAUAUAGAGACCAACGGCAUCAUGGAAGACAGCUCUCCGCAUUCCUUUGGGCUUGGUGUAUAUCAUAAUCAUAAAGUGACUCUUGUUAACGAUACAAUCCCCAGGACUAAAAGGCCCUUAGUCUUGCUGGAGGAGGAUGAGCCCCUGCAAUCAGAUGCUAAGAAACGGCGCCACUUGAGUCAUUAUUGUAGCACUCCAUGUCCAUCCAAGAAACUAUCACUGUGCUCCCCAGACUCUGCCUGCUUCCUGGGCUCCUCUGGUUGUCUGGAUGAUACUGAGCUGGAGAACAUUGUCAUCCGAGUUAGUCUUCCAGAAGACCGUGUGGUAGCCCUUUCUGUGAAUACAGCCCGAUGUUUUGAUGAUAGUGAGCCCGAUGACUCUUUGCUGGAACCCUCAGAUGAUGAACAAGGGAACUCUCCCUUCAAUUACACUGAGGAAGAGUGUAGGGAAAUGUUAGCAGAUGAUUGCUUAGGAGAUGACCAGAACUCCACUGGAGAGAGUGCUUUAUUGAAUCAAGAUGUAUGGGGACAAAGUGAGAAGGAAGUGGGUAGCAACUGUAAUUUGGCAUCAGUCCCCCCGGAAGGCACAGAGACCUCAUUCAGGACCAUAGAUGAGUUAGUAAGUAACGAGUCUCUAUCUCAGACUGGCUCUUCAGUUAAUCCUGGAUAUUUUCAAAUUCUUGAGGAUGAAACAGCUAAUUCUGAGGGGGAAAAAUGCUUGAAUGUGGACUGCUUGAAAUCAAAUCAAGUCACUUGUACAUUUGACUGUGAUCUUCAGGGGCCUCUAAAUCUUUCCCCAACUGAUGCAGAUUCAGUAGAUCCGCCAAAAGGGAAUGAUGUCUUGGAGGAAACUGGUGAAAAAGCUUCACAAGUAAUAAGAGAUGACCAUCUACAAAAUGCAAGCAAACAAAGUAUAGAGUAUGAUGAAAUCAGUUCUAAUAGCUUGGUUGUUGAAGAGUCCCUUGAGUGCCUGGCUUCUAAAGAGCACCACAGUGGGGGCCUGGAUAGUGUGGAAAAGCUGCCAUCAGAAAUCAAAGAAUCAUCUCCCUUCUCUGAUGCACACAUUAAAACUUCUACGUACUCUCCUGACCCUGCCUGUGGUCAAAGUAAGGACAAAGUGGAGAAUCCAGCACCUGUUCUGCUACUGCAUUCGGAAACCUCUAAUGUCGUCUUAAAUCAGGACCCUUCCAGAGGAACAGACAGUGGAUUAUCAGGGACCUUUGGCUCCCAAAAGGAAGAUUUGAGCCAGCAAUCCACAUCUGUUGAAGAAUCGUCAGACAAUCUUAAAUUAAACUCUGUAGUGUUAGACCAGAACUGUGGGGAAGACCGUACCUGUGGGAAGAAGCUAGGCAAAGUCAUUCCUGUGCCACAGGUGGAAGAAAGACCAAAACAACGGAUAUGCAUUUCUGAAGCAGAACUUGAGCAAAAGAAGCAUAUUUAUAUCCAAUGUGUGCGUGCCCAUGUAAAGAAUUCCACGGAUCCUACACCAGAUGCAUUAAAUGAGUUGUACGCUCUGAUGAAUAAGGUUGCCAGCAGGGAGUACCGAACCCAGGACCGCAGAUGGCAACAUCCAUCAGACCUCACCAUGAGAAAAUACCCAAGGUUCUCCAAGAAACCCACCCAAAAGUGCAGCCUUAAGCAAUGGGUGAGCCGGAACUUGGCCCACCACCGUCGCUUCCGGGACAUUCCUGACCACUUCCAGCGUAGCUCUGUCACAGCAUCCUCCAAUGUCUGAGCCACUCGUUACUGAGGGAGUGUGCUCUGUUUUUUCUCCAUUUAAAGUUAGUUUUUAAUUGUCCUGUAGCUUAGCUGUUUGUCUCUUGAUUGUUUGAUCUAUGGAUUGUUCUGUUUUUUAAUAAGGCCAGUUUGAGGAUUUUGCGUGUCUUUAUUUUGGAGACCUUCAGAACCUCCUUUUAAAUACAGGUUAAAUAUGUGAUCUGUUCGGUACAGGUAACUCUUUGUAGCAUUUCUUAUCAGUAUUUUCCUUUGAAACAAAAGCAAGCUUUCCAGAGAGCAGCUGACAAGCAAAGGUAUCCCCACUCUUCAAAAGGAAGUCACGCCUAACAAGAAAUCUAAUGGAUAUACUGUUCAGUUACGGGAGCUGGAUGAUGCAAUUUAGAAUGGAAAUCUUUUUGCCAGAGCCUGAGCUCAGAACAAAGCUUUUAAGUUUUUUUUAGAGCAACUGCUAGGUUCCCUUUGGACACCAUUCAUGUUGGAAUCACCUGUGUGGUCGGUGUCCUUUUUAUGAAGGUUGACAAAGGCAGUGUUCUGGGUUGACACAUCAAGUUGGCAUAAAUUAAGAGGCAAUUGGAGAACAGCCUGUUUUUCCCCAUUCCUCAAAUUUACGUGCCUCCCUUGUUUGUCAUCUUCAGUUAUAGCUUUUCUUUGUAAAACGUUACAUGUAGAUUUGCACUUUGUUGAUAGUGUUUAUAAAUAAUUUGCACUUUCUAAAUGUCUCUUGUUUUUGAUGCUACCCUGUGUGUGUGUGUGUGUGUGUGUGUGUGUGUGUGAGCAGACCCUUUCCUGUCCCCUGCCCUUUCUUGCAAUGUAGUUUCCUACCCAUGUUUUAGGAAUAACAGCAACUGUAACUAAAUGAGCCAACGUGCUCUAGUUGGAGAGCUGGUCUGAUGCUCUGAAGUGAAGACAGUAGAGAGAUCGGAACCAACAGCAAGGAGAGAACUUGUAGCUUCCGCCAUAUAUUGAAUAGCAGCCUUGAUGUGAAUGCUUCUUUAGUCACUUACCUAUUUUCUGGUGAGUCCACAUUGGCUCUUCUGCUGCCCACGGCCUUUCUUGGACCCCAUCAACAGUUAAGUGGGUGUGUUCUGGUCUCGUGUCCCCUUACGAUAAACAAAUCCUUCAAGGAGGCUUUUUAUUUUUUUUUAAAGGGCAAGUUAACCAAGAUAGCCUGGGUCACUGCCGUGAAGAAAGCUGAAGCUUUCAUGACCACCCUAUCUAGCAAGUGCCAGAACAAAAGGGCUGCUGGACUGGCACCUCCCUUCCUUGUAGGAUGAGGCGAAGUGAAUGAUUAACAACAGCCUCCUUACCUGCUCUUGGCUCAUCAGUUAUCUCAGUGUAAAUAACAGAUUUGCUUAUUGCUUUGCAUGGUGUAGUUCUAACCUAGUCCCUGGGGCAGAACACCACCACGUUGUAAAAUCGACAAGUGAAAAAUGAAGAUCAUUUAUUGAACUGAGUACAUUUUAUUAUUUCCAUCUAGGUAUUUAUAGAAAUUUAAAGUGACACGCAUCUCAUACAAACUACUUCAGGGACUUUAAAAAGCUUAACAAACAAAUGUGGAGCAGCUGGCAGAGCAGCUCUCUGUGCCUCAGGAGUAGGACUUCGUAUUGCCUUAUUUGUUGUCUCUGUAUGGUAUACGGGGACUAAGGAGGGGCCCGGGCUUAGCUAGCAUCACUUAUCGCCCUUCCUCCACAAAAGACCUGUCGUGUAGUAGCUGUGGAUUGAGGAAUGGGACUUAUUCCAUAAUUUGUCAGUUGUGUGGUAGUAAGUACAUCCAUAGGAAUCCCAUUGUCACUAGGCACAUCCCAUAGUUCUCUGUAGCUUUGGCAGCUUAACUAGGAGGAGGAGGAAAAGUAGUUCCCUUGUAGCUAAAAUCAACUUCCCUGAGAAGGAGCAACUCAACCACUGCAAUGUUAGAUUCUCUCAGUGGACUCUCUAGCCUCAAACACAUACUCAGACUGCCUUUAAACCUCCACCUAUGCUUGCUCUUCUUGUUCUUGCUAGUUACUUACCCCUCUAAACAAAAACUUGACUGUUGUGCGAGUGGGUGGGGAGACCAUCCUUUUAUAAAAACUCCUAAUGGAAGAGAUCACCUCAAAUAUGCAAGAGUACACUUCUGUUCCACAUCCCUUAACCAAUGUUUGUCCAGCCAUGAGUGUUUGCUUCAGGCAGGUUUUCUUUCUUUUAGUUACAUGGAAGAUGCUGAAUGAAAACUAGAAUUUAUGAAUACAUUUUAAAUGAGAAAGUAUCAGUGUAGUCCAUGGUAGCUUUGUGUGUUACAGUAGUUCUUUUCUACUGUAUUAAAAGACCAUUAAGCACGGGCUGUAUAACUGUUUCACCUAAAUGAUCUAUGUAAAGCAUUUACAAAGCAAUCCAUCAACAAUGGGUGACAAAAUGUUUCUUGAGUACAGUACAUGGAGUAAUAGCAACAUGGAGUCAACUUCACGCCCUGAUUUUCUCUGGCAGCUGACAGGAAAAAUGACAAGAGCGAAGCAUUGAACAAGUCAGAACCAUUUGGCAAAUCUCACAAGGGCUCUCCCCUUUUUAUCAGAUUUUCUCGUGGCAGCUUUGGCUAAUGUAAUUUUAAAAAAUAGCCCUGUGCCCAGGUUUUCUUUUUCAGUGUCUCUCUCUGUGUUCAUGUACUAUAUUUUACCCUUGUGUUGCACCUUUCAAUUUUGGAUCUCUAGGAGCUUAACAGUGUACUCACCUUAGUAAUCAUUGUUUUAUAAGUGCAGUGACUGUGGCACAGAGAGGUUAAGUCACACCGUGAGUCAACGGUGGAGCUCGGAAUGGGACCUAGGGUUGCCUGACUCCUAGCCCCCUGCUCUAACUUCUAUAUACUGCAUUUGUUAAUGAAAGAGAACAUUUUGCCUGCCACCGUGGAUCCCAGGAAGGCUAUUCUAAGGGUAUGUCAAUUUGCCACUAGUCUGUAAAUGCUGAGGUGGGAGUGUGCCCAAUUUUUAAGGCUAUGUCAACCGCUGAAACACGCAUCUUUUAGAAAACCUCUCCAAUCAGAAGUAUCCCAAAACCAAAAUAGCAUCUCUUGUGAUUUUAGCACUCUAAAUCCUACUUGUUGGGAGCCUUGCAUAGACUGGGGAAGUAAUAUCACUUGGCAGCUACUGAUUGGGGAGGCAAGAUUGUUAGCACCAUUCUUACAGUGGCCAUUGUCUUGUAAGCCGGUGAGUCCCAGGUAUUUAUUUGGCUGUGCAUCUCGAAAGGGAGUUAUUUAUGCGUGGUCCUAAAAGACAUCCCUGUGCUGAGGAUUUUGUCGCUAAAGCCUACCUGUUCCUAUUACUUGUAUAAUAAAGAAGGGGCAGGGGCUCUCGGAUUAAUCUUUUUCUAGGGUGUUUGGAAAAGAAAGCAAGAGGAAGUAGUGUCCAUAGUAAUACGAGUUAAAUUGCAGAGCGCAUUCCCUUUGCAAAGGCACAUCAGCUAAUACUACUUCCCCCAAAAGGCUAAGAAGUAGCGUUUGGUUAGCUGAUGUUGUUGGAGUCAGGCUGAGACUGGCACAGCUGGGAUGCUUCCGCCCCAUCUCAACAAGUGAUUGAUAGUCACUAACAAUCAGCCAUGGCACUUCAGAGCUGGGGCAGGGGGUGGGAAGGACACAAGCCGUUCUGUUAGACAGUGGAUGAUUAGAUGCUGUGCUCCUUUAUGCAUAAAGAUUUCCAAAAAGAUUUUUCAUGCCAGCCCUCUUAGGUUUCAUGUUUCUCUUGUAAAGCAGCUAUUAAACUAUACACAGCAGUCAGGAGACUAUUUAUAUUAGCCUUUUCUUAAAGCAGUGAUUCUAUUACCAGUUAGCCAUGCAGAGAACAUGAAAUGGCUCUGAACAAGAAACACACUGCAAGGUCUUUCACUUGAGAAGAUGGUGGUGUCUGUACAGUAUGUGCUGUGUCUAGGGCUGGCUCUGCUGGGCUGGAGAAGAGUAGGUGGAUGUGGGGACUUCCUUCCGAAUCUGUGUUUUGUGAUCUUAAUGUUUCUCCCCCAUGCACUGGAGCUGCCACAGGGCAGCUUUGCAUUUUCUAGACUCCAGGUUCACAGACAGUCUUAUUGCUAAAGAUUUCAUUCUUCAACAUAACUGUACAUACUGUACCUCAGAGGUGCUGCAAGGGCAGAAAAAGAGAGAGAUUGUAUAUGUAAUGCUCAUGGCAGGACAAAUUACAUAUUCACUUCUGGAAUAUAGGUAGGGACCUUAUUACUGUCUAUUUCCACUGUGGUAGUGCCCAGUCGCCUCGAU